UUACGGUACUCAAUCACAAUACCAGUGUCCAACUGUCAGACUGUUGAGACGAGGCUGUCCUUUAUUUGUUUUUUUUUUUGGCGCCCGUUUUUUAAUAUCUAAGAUGGAACUACUGUAUUUACUAGUUGUUGUUUCUCUUGGUGUAGGUGUCAUGGCCGGGAAGUACUCUCGGGAGUCGAACGAGCCCAUUAAAUUUGUCGAAAGUGAUGAACGGACGGUUGAAUUCAGGAUAUCGAAGUUGAACCAAGUGUGGAACAAGGCCAUACGGAUGCAGCUAUCCCCUGUGAAGCAAGCUGAGCUGCACAGUGACCUGAAAAUCCAGGAGAAGGCUGAGCUGCAAUGGAAGAAGAUGAAGGUUGAGGGUAUGGAUGAAAAUGGAGAGAAAGAGGCCCAAAUCCGCCGUAACUUCAAUGUUAUCCUGGCCAAGUACGGGAUGGAUGGCAAAAGGGACACGAGACCUCUAGAGAGCAACUCUCUUAAGGACCAUGACAUUAAAGAUGGUGAUAUAUUUGAAGAUCCCAAGCUGGAUAAACUAUGGAACAAGGCAAAAAGCUCUGGGAAGUUCUCAGAGGAGGAGCUGCUGAGCCUGAAGAGAGAGUUCCAGCACCACAAGGACAAGAUCCAUGAGUAUAACAUCCUUGUGGAUACUGUGAGCAGGACUGAGGAGAUCCACAAGAACGUGAUCUCACCGCUGGAGGGUGACGGCAAAGAAGAGCAAGUGCAGCAGAAGCACACUGAGCUAAAGCAGAAGAUGAGAGACCUCAACCAAGGCUUUGAGCGCCUCCGUAAACUCAGCCACGAGGGCUUCACCGAGGACAGCGAAUUCCGGGAACCUCGUGUGAUCGAAUUGUGGGAGGCUGCCAAGAGAGCAAACCUAAGCAAUGAUGAGCUGGACUCUCUCAAGGAGGAGUUGCAUCACUUUGAGACCAAGGUGGAGAAGCACAGCCACUAUCAGGAGCAGCUGGAGCUUUCCCACCAGAAGCUGCAACAUGUGGAGGCUUUAGGAGACAAACAACACAUAAAGAUGAACCAGGACAAGUACAACACCCUUGCUGAGAAGACCAGGGAGAUGGGCUACAAGAUGAAGAAACACAUGCAGGACUUGCACAACAAGAUCUCCAGUCAGGGUCUGGCGCACAAUGAGUUGUGAGGCCAUCACUUGUGACAACGCCAUUGAAGGAUCAAUCAACUCAACUAAAUCCCGCUUCCACUCAUCCUAACUCAGUUUAGCCACUGUAAAAUAAUCUGGGUUUUUUUCUACCUUGCUUGAGUUGUUGAGGUUACAACCCACUGAAGAAUUCAUCUUUUAAUUUGAUGUUUUUUAAUUUACUUUGAAAUGGAUUUUCUUUUUCUUGUAAUACAUGAUCAUAUUUUUGUGGUACAAAUCAAUAAAGUUGAAACCUUUAUUUAGUGA